ACUUGUUGCAUGAUUCCUUGGCAUAGAGAUGUACCGGUACCUUGGUCUCAGCCGGAGCUCGGACCGGAAUUAAUCGUGACUGUGUAUGACGGGAAAUCACUUAAAACUUGAGCGCAAGGAAGUACCGUACACUGGUUGAUCAUGGUUUAAAGACAUGUUAGAGUAACAACGUGUUUAAUCUUUUUCUCGAUUUUUGAAUAAUAUACCGGUAUUCUUCUUCCUUUUCUGAUAAUCAACCGAGACAGAGGUAAUAAUGAUCGGGGCUGGCAUCGUCUCUCUUCUGGGGUAUACCCUUUUCUUCGUCUUUCUGCUCGCCUUAACUUCAGGCGUCAUGUACUCUGCUUACGUGUUCAUGCUGCGUAGAAAGUACGCGCAUAUACCCUCCGCCAAACUUGCAAGGACAAGUUUCUUCAUGGGCCACUACCCGACUAUCAGGGAACAUAUGAAGAACAAUGAUUGCCCUUUGGCUGGCGUACUGUAUGAAUGGUAUAAGGAGUUUGGAUUGGUGUUUUGUGUCCAUGUUCUUCAUAAUACAUUUGUGGUUUGCUUGGACUCUAAAGUGGUCAAGAUGGUGAUGACGAAUAGCAAGCACACCAAACCUACAGUAGAGUAUUCUCCUUUCCAAUCUCUCUUUGGUACCAGGUUCGUAGGACGAUCAUUGGUCAGUGAGACUGACCACUCACGAUGGGCAAAGAGGAGGGCGCUCUUUAAUCCUGCUUUUCACCGUCAAUACCUGAAGGGAUUAAUGAACAUCUUUAACGAGAGUGCCGAUCAGCUAGUCCAGGACCUGAUGAAGAAGUCUGAUGGUGAGACUGUGGUUGCCAUGGGAGAUAAAUUUAACAUGAUUACUCUAGAUGUCAUUGGUAAGGUUGGUUUUGGUCUUGAUCUUGACAUUCUUGAAGAUUCUAACACUCCUUUUCCAAAAGCUGCUACUAAAGCCCUUCAAGGCUUGCAGAAAUCACUUCUUGCUCCCUGGUACUCGUUUAACCUAACAUCCAAUGCCAGGACUUUCCGUGAGGAGGCAAGGGAUGCUUGCCGUCUACUUCGUCAGAUUGGUCGUGACUGUAUCCUACAACGAAAAGAAGCCAGAGCUCGCGGAGAUGAAGUCCCUCGGGACAUUCUCACAUACCUUCUAGAUGCUUCGGAAGAACUGAAAGGAGAUCAGGUCUUUGGUUUAGAGGAAAUGAUCGAUGAGUUUGUCACAUUUUUCAUUGCAGGUCAGGAAACCACAGGAAAUCAUUUAUCUUUUACACUGCAACAAAUAUGCAGACAUCCGGAUGUCUUGAAAAAGAUUUUAGUUGAGUUAGAGGAAGUACUAGGUGAUCGUGCAUAUGUAGAAUACAGUGAUCUGGCAAAGCUGGAAUAUUUGAUGUUGGUGAUGAAAGAAUCGAUGCGACAGUUUCCUCCAGUGAGUGGUGGUUCAAGAGUAUUAGCCCAUGAGAUUGAAUGCUGUGGAUAUACCUUACCAAAGGGAACAAGAGUUAGGGUGAAUCAUUUCAUCAUGGGUAAGAUGGAGUUAUAUUUCGAUGAUCCUGAUGAAUUCAGACCAGAACGAUUUAAAUCCUCAGAUGAAAAGCCUCGUCACCUAUAUGCAUACUUCCCAUUUUCAUUGGGACAAAGGACAUGUAUUGGUCAGCCAAUGGCGAUGAUGGAGACACGAGUUAUCCUCGCCAAGCUUCUUCGCCGAUUCACCUUUCAACUGGUACCAGGUCAAAGGUUUGGCCUAAAGACGGAGCUAACAAACAAACCUAUCGAUGGGUGCAAAACGUAUAUCUCACUCAGAGAAUGAACAGCCCUACAUGCAAGAUCGCCCACUCAGCACCAAUCUACCCCCAGUGCCCACCUACAACAGAAUCCAGUUCUGAAUUGUUGUAGGUGGGCGCUUGGUGGGUGGGCUUGUGAGUCUCCCUCUAUGGUAGGCUUUGGGAAAGGUUCCCUAUGCAGGGGCCAUGCUGGACUAUGGUAUAUUCUGUUUGAUUUCAUGUAUUUUGGUCUGAGGCUGCAUGACGACAGAGCGAUGAUAUCAAAAUGACAUGUGACACGGCACACAGUAUAUCACCUUUUGUGAUAUUGUAAGCAAUUGGUGGUUUCAAAUUCUUCAAAAUCUGUGUGGAAAUUAAUUAUUGAUUUAAGAGUAAGGGCUAUAAAGAGUCAACAUUCACAUCCACCCCUUCCUACCCGAGCUAUUGCACCUGUUUUAUAUGUUAGCAUAAUUUGAAAAAUAAAAAGUGAUAUUUUGACGAUUGCCAUAUUAUGAUGUUCCAGCCAGCAUAUUUGCAUUAUAUUUUGCUGCAAGCCUAUUCCAGGUAGUUUAUGAUGUACUUUGGAACAGGAUCAAAAGAACUCUCUAUGCAGAGGAUUCCCACUUGAAUAGCUUCCCUCGGUUAAUGUUUUCAGAGGAUUUCCUAUAGAGAACAAUUCUGCCAAUAAAAACCCCUUCAGCCUCCGUGUAAAUUGUCUUCAUGCCACUCUGAUGACAUGUCAGGUACAGAGUUUUAGUCGAAAGAAAAUGAGAAAAUAUCCUGAUUGAAAAAAAAACGAAUGACACAGACAUCAAGUUCAUUUGAACCAGAUAAUAGUUUUGGUUUCUUUGAUACAAUUAAAAGGGUAGUUGUCUGUGCCCCUUAAGCUUCUGAUUUAUUUAUAUUUGAUUUGUCAAAUUGUAUUAUUCAUAAAUCUGUAUGAUAAUCUGUUCACAUUCAGUAGACUGUGGUAGGUCCAUGGGUAUAUGUAUUAAUUUGUUGCAAUAUAUUUGAUUUUACAGCAUUCAAGCAAUAUCUGAUUGAGCUACCUUCUUAUUCCUUAAAAACCAAAUGAUUAUUCUUCUUAUAUUUUCUUGAUGAAUGUACUUAUUUAGAGUUUUUUUAAUGCUACAUUCCUUGAAGCUUAUGAUGUGAAAACCAAACAGAAUAUGAUAUACCUUUAUACUUAUUGAUUCAAAUUUAUGAAUGUUUCUUUCCUAGAAAUUUAGUAGUAACAAAGAAUUUCUUUGAACUGUAAGGACAAAGUCUACCCCCAACAAGAAGCUGAUUUUAAUGAACAGAGGAAGAUCACAUGGGCACAACACUGAAAAUUUCAUUAAAAUCGGAUGUAAAAUAAGAAAGAUGUUUUUUAUUUAAAAACUUAAUUUUAUUAAAUUGUCAGCAAUAUGCUUGUUUGAUUUUCUCUAUUCAAAUCAUUGGUAUUUUGGUAAACUUGACCUUUAUUAAGUACUUAAUGAAAUUAAAUAAUUGGAAUAAGGGGGCCUUUCA